ACCGCUCAACCCAGUCGUUUCGUUUCAUAUUCCACUACUCUCACUAGUCACUAUCACUUGUCUCAGUAUUAAUCGUUUUGUGUCUGCAGAUUGGAUGUGAUUUACCAAAAAAGUGUGAUAUGAUGUUGGAGGUUGAGACGGAGCUCGAGGAGGUGAGUUUUGAAUUUGAUUCAUCUGAAGGAGAUGGAGUCCAUUUAUGCCUUUCUUCUUCAAAUUGCAACUGUGAUGCCACUCUUCUGAAAUCCACCCCUGUUUCAGGGAGUAGCAAGGCUGAAGCUAGACGCUGGUCGGAGGAAGAGGACAACCUUUUGAUUCAGAUAGUCAAGAAGCAUGAAGCUAGGAAUUGGAAGAAAAUAGCUGCGUAUCUUUCAGGGCGAACUGAAGCCCAAUGCUUACAUCGCUGGCAGAAAGUUUUGGAUCCUGAUCUUGUGAAGGGUUAUUGGACAAAGGAGGAGGAUGAUCGCCUCACUGAGCUAGUAAGAAAGUAUGGUUUGAAGAGAUGGGCCGAAAUUGCAAAAUUCUUACCGGGUCGAAUUGGGAAGCAAUGCCGAGAGAGGUGGCACAAUAAUCUUGAUCCAGCUAUAAAGAAAGAUGCAUGGACGGAGGUAGAGGAAUUGGCACUUGCUCACUAUCACCAAAUAUAUGGUAGUAAGUGGGCAGUGAUUGCAAGGUCUGACAACGCCAUUAAAAAUCAUUGGAACCGCUCAAUGAAAAAGAAAGGGGAUGCAUCUUCACAUCUUGGGUUUGACCUAAAUGUUGCUACUUCCAGUUUUCGCACAUCUCCAAUAGUUCCAGCUCAUGUUUCAGUUAAAGUAGAUAGCCAUAGUUUCAAUGAAAUGGAUUCGAAGCACAGGGUUGACAACUUCCCAACACACUUGGUUCUUCAAAAGCCCAGUAAAUCUCCCAAACGACAGAAAGUUUCUUCCUCAGAUGCCAAGAGAGACCAAGUUGGAAAUGGAAGCAACAACAAAAUCAACAGUACGUGCCAUAAUGCAGAUGACAUGAGUAACGACAUAGGAUGUGGGGACAAUAAUGACAGCAGAGAUACUCGCACAAUGUUUGAACAAAGUCCAGAACGUGUACUAAGAAGCUUAGCCAUGACCUAUGAGAAUAUUCCUUCUAUUAUUAGGAAACGAACUCCCACCAAGGCUGAGUGUGCCCAAACUCCUGAAGACGAACGUGUUAUUAGUUUACGAAAUUUAAAAUUGAGCCGGGAGUUUAUUCCAUCCAUUAUUACUACACCAAACACUAAAGCCAUAGCUAAAUCUCUAGAAGGAUACAUGGAAUGAUAGAAUAUGCUUGGAAGUUGUAAUGUUGCCAUGUAAAUGUAACCUUUCCCAAGGUUUACCGAAAGGGAGUUACCCUUUUUGGUUCAUAGAGAGUUGAACCUUCCUUUUUCUUUGGUCAAA